AUGCCUCUCGUCGUUCCCGGUAUCAACUCCACCAUGGGCGAUAAGUCCGACUGGGUAUCCAAGUUGAUGGGCAAGAAGAUCAGUGAUUCGGGCAGUAAUGAGGUGUCAUUUGCUAAGAAAGACCUUCCUGAGUCUCAUCGCGUGCUUAAGCCUGGUGAUAUGAAGACUAUGGACCACAACCCCGAUAGACUUAACAUCCAUCUUGGUGAAGAUGACACUGUUCGGGAUGUGACCUACGGCUAA